AUGGUUCGAGUUGUAUUGUUCGUUGCUAUCUCAGGAUUUCUCCUCAGUGACGUCUUUGCCCAUCUAGUUAACAGCGGCAGUGGUGGUUGCCUGUGUACUCCGCUUCCAAUUGCCCCAUGUGGAUGCGCAGAAGGUGCACCAGUGGUCGUAGUGCCACAAAUCACGCUGCCACCGUUACCAAAGCUUCAACCGCUUCCAUUGUGGCCAUCACUUUGUACCGGAAGUAUUGGAUGUGGUUGUGGUCUACCGUCCACUCAAUUCGGUUAUGGAGGAAAGUGA